UCAAUCAACUGAUAAUAGAAAAAAUGUUUAGGCGAUGUGUUAGCAAAUCCUUAAUAUUGAACAACACUAAACUUUUGGCAUUGAAGAUUAAGAGAGGUAUAUACACCAUAACCAAGGUUACACCAGACUACGCAGAAAUAACAACAAAAGGCAUACCUUACGGCUUUGAUAACAGAACAGGAAAAUGGGGUAUAUGGAAUUUGUCAUUAUUUUUAGACGGAGCAGAAUUUAAAGCCAGGCAGUCAGAUGUAUUCAUGAAUAUUCCUGAUACUGACAAUAAUAUGUGUAAACCAUCGACAUUCAUCAUGCUAAAAAUGAUUUUAAAUUAUAUUAACCCAAAGGUAUACCAGUUCGACUACCUUGAUCCAAUAAAUUUGACAGUAACAAAAUAUUUGUGCGAACCAGGUGCCAGUACACACAGCACAGUCACAAAACUUAUACACACUGACACGGGAGAACUUUUGGUAGAAAGGCUGGCAAAACUUUGUAGGGUUGACAAUGAAACACACAGACCAGUGAAAUGGUCUCCGCAAUUUCACCAAAUGUUUUCACAUUUAAAAGAUCGAGGAAUGCCCGAAGUAUUGAAGAAAACUAGUGCUCCAAUCCCGACACUACCGUCUGAUUGCUUUAAAUGGAACUUCAAGCCCCGAUAUAGUGAUAUGGAUGUCAAAAUGCAUGCUAACCAAUCAAUGUACAUCAAAUCUUGUAUAGACUGUGCAACUGAUGCGUCCAUAAAUGGUCAACUCGAUCAAUUUAACGGCGAUAUUAUUUGGUAUCCAGUGAAAUAUCUGAGUAUAAAUUAUAUAGCAGAAACGUUUGUGAAUGAUGAACUGACUGUCAAUAUGUGGCAAUAUGACAAAGACGUUUCAAUAUUAUACUUUUCAGUGUGGAGUGAUGCGUUAAAAAAGAUAGUAACAUUCAUUGAGAUGAAAUUUGAUCUGAACAAAAUAAAAUAAGCUUGAAGUAACUGAUAUUUAAGCUUGAAUAUAGUUUAAAAUAUAACAUACAUUUAUUUUAAGUCAUGGGAAUUUUCCCAAAAAGAGUUUAAUGCAACACCUACAUGUUAAUGAUCCCAAUAAUUAUUAUGACAAAUAAACAGUUGCGUCAAUAGCGCACGGCACACCCUUAUUGUGCAUAUUGACAUUGUUGCAAAAAUAAAAUGGGACG